CAACUUCAAUUCUAUUUCAGUUCUGUUACAGCAGUUGCCGUGAAAGGACGUGCGCGGUGUUCUAAACCAAAUCCCCUUAUCAUACUAGUACGCUAAACGCUAUAAACAUUUUCUUUGAUUAUCAAAUUUCGUAUUUAAUUAAUACAGUGUUAUUGGACUGUGCUAUUUCAGUACUUUUCUCUUUGGUAAAAUUUUCAUUCUAGGAUUAAAACUUUUUUUUGCCGUCAGGAUUUUGAGUGAAUUGUGCUAAAUUGCGAUGACUGUUGACAGAAUUGACAGAUAAGGAUGACUGGAGUUAAUCAUCCGGAUUAUGUAAUUGAUAUCUUAAAAAUGACGACAACGCAUUGCUUCAUAAAACAUAUUACGAAAAAAGUAUAAAAUGAGAAAAAGCUUCACGCCACCAAAGAUAGUGCACAUAAUAUGAUCUAAAUGCCUUAUUCAAAAAAACAGUGCGCUGCUGGUCGCAGGCGCCGACUAUGUUCGACUCGACUAAAGGCGCAUUGCUAGUAGCGCCAUCUCUGUCUAACAGCUCGUGUUGGCCCAAUGGAAAAGGUUGGCCGUCGACAUUUCCAGCGACGGAAGAUAUACUGAAAGCCUUUUUCAUUUUUGCCUUAUCUAUGGCUAUUGUUUUUUGCAAUUUGGUACUUAUUUGCGUAUUAAAUAAUCGCAGGUAUAUAAAGUAUAUUGAUAAUCAGCCAAGGUAUUUACUGACUUCUUUGGCGCUGAACGACUUAUUUACUGGGAUUCUUAUCGCCCCCGUGGCUCUCUUGCCUGCGUUGUAUAAGUGCUGGCCUUACGGCGAAAUAUUUUGUCAGAUACAGGCGCUUUUAAGGGGAGCUGUGAGUCAACAAAGUGCUGUUAUUCUAGUUUGUAUGGCGAUAGAUAGGUACUUGUAUCUGCUACAUCCAAAUACUUAUCAUAAACACUCCAGUAAAAAGGGUUGCGUUUUAAUAAUAAGUAUAACUUGGAUUCUAUCAGUAUCUCUAUUUGCCAUUAUGGUUCUACCUCGAACAGGAUAUUAUUUCAAUUCAACGGGUUUGAUGGCAUGUGACGUAUUUCACAGUAGAAUUGCAUUCAGAAUUCUAGCUUGUUGCGCGUAUUAUUUUCCAACAACAAUGGCGCUGAUGUAUUGCUAUGGAUCAGGUUUUCAUGUUAGCAAAACAAGAAGUAAAUGUAAUCAAGACCCCAGACCUAAUGGUGUUCCAGUACCUUGCAAUAAAAAUCACAGUGAUCUAGAAACUAUUCAAAUUCAGACUCCAGUCAGGCCGCAUAGCGUGAGUACAUCUCGUACAAUGGCGGCAAUGUCUCUAGGAUUUAUAGUAAUGGUAACCCCGGCCACUAUACAAGAAGUAGUAGCGGCAUGCACGGGUUGUAAGGUACCGCCAUCGUUAGACUUUAUUGUCACAUGGUUAGCUCUUAGUGACAGUUUUUGGAAUCCGUUCUUGUAUUGGCUAUUAAAUAGUCACUUUAGGAGAAUAAGCAAUGAGCUAAUUCAAUAUUAUCUAUGUUGCCGAAGAACAAAGUCAUUUCAAAGUUUUGAAAAACCGACUGGCUGUUGUGGGUCCCCAAUUACCUCAGAUGGACUACAUUCGAAAGGAGAGUUUGAGGGACUUGGUGAAAAAUAUUGGGGAGAAAUUUUGGAACGGACAGUAUCCUCCAACUCUCUUCACGCAAUUCAGAAAGCUUGUCACAGAGACCCCAUGCGCUGCACUGGAUCAUUUAAAGGUUACCCGAGCGGAACUUGUAAGCAUGGAUCAAGAUUUUUUGACGGCUAUGGACCCACUGAUUAUAGACAAUUAGAUAGAUCUGCAUUUCAAAUCGAACCUUGCUCAAGACAAUGUAGGUUAAAGACAUCAGAUUUCUGUUUAUUUAGAUCUGGACCUGGCCUUGAGUGUGGACGUUCCCGUUCCAAUCUUAGUUUGGACGAGGGAAACUUCAGCAAAAUUUGUAAUGGCAGGCAUCCAGAGUUGUGAGAGUUCCGAAAUUGUCCGGUCUUCGGGCAUAGAAGUAAUAGCAUAGGUAUGUAUCCUGGAAUAGAACAUUUUAAUUCAAACAUAAAGUGGAAAUUCGAUGAAUCACCUUGUACGGAAGAUGAUGAUAUGCCAAAUUUAGAGCAUAAUUUGGAUAGAAUACGUAGUUUGAGUGAAGAGAAGAGUUUCAAUGCGUAUGGUAUUAAAGAACAUGAUAAUUUAUUGGAAGUGGAAGUGAAUGAUGUGAUUCAAGACGAUUCAGAUGAUUUCAAAGACUUUAACGGUAGUGGUCGUGAAUGUUUCGAUGAAAAAAGUGAUUACGGAAUUACUCAUAAAUUUUCCAGAAAUUCUUCACUCUCCAAUAGAGAACUUGAUGUAAUUAAGGAGAGUUCCAGAAGUUCUAGUGAUACUGAAGUAACAUUGACACGAUGAUUACCGAAAGUGACUUUUCAUAAAGCAGUGAAUAUUGUGCACUUAGAGACUGUUCCGAAGAGAAAAACUAAAACAAAUGUGUAUUUUGUAAAGUAGUAUGUUCUGUAAGUAGAAGUGUCAUAGUUUUUUUAAAGAUGUAAGUAUUUUGUAAGUAUGUGGACCAGUAGAAUCAGGUCUAUAUUUUGUAAAAUAUUCCAGUAAUGUUAACAAAUAAUAUUGUAUUUACGUUAGUUGUAUAAAUUUCACAUUCUGAGAUGUGUUUUAUGAAUAUAAUUAUUGUUGAUUAAUUACUACAAAUUGUAUUUUGUGUGUUAAAAUAUUGAACAUAAACUAAAAGAUUGUAGAAGCAGCAAUGUGGAAGUCAUUGAUAGUAAAUUUUGUAUUUUUUGUAAUAGAUAAGUAUAAAUAUUAGCCAAUGAGUAGUUGAACUUAAUAAUAUAAUUAUUUCUCCUUUUAGUUAAUUAUAAAGGUUCCUGUGAAAUAUGUAGUAAUAAUAAAAAGAAUAUUAUUUUAAGAUUUAUAAAUUUUAAGAUAUAAAGUAUACUGGAUCAUCUGUUGCUGCUAUUUUGAAUAAAUUCAAAUAAUUAUAUUUUUUCUCGAUCAAUAUGAAUGUGUUUUUUUUUUGUAAGACUAUUUUAAAAAAGACUGUUUUGUCGUAAAUGACGAUAUUCUCAGUCGCACAUGUUUAUCUUAAUGUGACGAAAACAAAUUAUUAAUAUGUAAUUAAAUGUUAAUUUUACAAAGAAAACGGAAUAAAAUUCAAUAAGCAAC